GGUUUUUUGGGUAAUUUAAAAUUGCGGUAUGAGAAAAACAGAAUAUAUACAUAUAUUGGUGAGGUGGUUGUGUCCGUCAACCCGUACAAAACGAUGGACAUAUACAACCCGAGCUAUGUGGAGGAGUAUCGAGGGAGGGAGUUAUACGAGAGACCUCCCCACAUAUUUGCUCUCGCUGACAGUGCUUACAAAACCAUGAAGAGAAAAGCAAGAGAUACUUGCAUUGUUAUUUCUGGUGAGAGUGGUUCAGGUAAAACAGAAGCGUCUAAAAUCAUAAUGAGGUACAUAGCAGCAGUGACAAACGUUGGUGGUCGCAAGGAAGUAGAGAGAGUAAAAGACGUAUUGAUCAAGUCCAAUAUUAUCCUGAAGCUUUGGGAAAAAGCAAAAAAAAACAAAAAUGUAAACCAUAGAUUUGGAAAAAACAUGGACAUCAAACUUUUAUUUAAAAGGGGAAACCCUUGGUGGGGCCAUAUAUCACUGUUUGAUAUUUUACAGUCACGUGUUGUACAUCAACAAAAAGGAGAGAGAAAUUUUCACUCGUUCUACCAGCUUAUUAAUGGAGCUACAGAUCAGAAACUUGCCGAGAUGAAGUUGAAAAGAGAUCCUCAUAAAUAUUUCUAUAUCAAUCAAGGAGGAGAACCAAAGUGCCCUACAUUGAACGACCAAUCAGAUUACAGAAAUGUUAUGAAUGCUAUGAAGACACUAGGGUUUGCGUUUAAACAUGCAGAGACUUUAUGGAAGGUAGUAGCUGCAGUAAUUCUCCUGGGAAAUCUGGAGUACCAUGCUCAGGAUGAUGUACAUGAUUUGUCAGAGGUUUCUGACAAGAAAUUAUUGUCAGAUAUCAGUGGUCUGUUGUCAGUGACAACAGAGAAUAUUGAGAAAGCGUUGACACAUAGAGUUAUAGCGGCUGGUGGAAAUGUGGUAGAUAAAGGUCUGACUGUAUCGGAGGCAUACUAUGCCAGGGAUGCUUUUGCUAAGGCAAUUUAUGACCGAAUGUUUACAUGGAUCGUAACAAGAAUCAAUGAAGCUAUAGAUCCCCAUCUAACUGGUGUAGAGUUUGUAGGCAAGAAUACCGUGAUAGGUGUCUUAGAUAUCUAUGGUUUUGAAAUAUUUGACAAUAAUAGUUUUGAACAGUUCUGUAUCAACUAUUGCAAUGAGAAACUUCAGCAGUUAUUUAUAGAGCUUGUAUUGAAGCAAGAACAAGAGGAGUAUAUGAGAGAAGGUAUAGAAUGGCAGCAUGUAGAUUAUUUCAACAACAAAGUCAUUUGUGAUCUUGUUGAACAGCCACAUAAAGGAGUUCUGUCCAUCUUAGAUGAAGCUUGUCUCAGUGUUGGCAAAGUCACAGAUGAGAUGUUCUUGACAGCUAUGAGCCAGAAGUUGAGUAAAAAUGAGAGAUUUACAUGUAGAGCAUUAAACCCAUCAGACAAGACAUUAGAGCACAAGAUAGAGUUCAGGAUCAAACAUUAUGCUGGGGAUGUGACGUACUCUGUUGUCGGCUUUAUUGAUAAAAACAAGGAUACAUUGUAUCAAGAUUUUAAACGUCUUCUUUACAACAGUGAAGAUGAGCUCAUCAAAAUGAUGUGGCCCGAGGGAAAGUUGUCAAUCACUGAGACCACGAAAAGACCAAUUACAGCUGGUUGUAACUUCAAGAACUCCAUUAUAUCACUUGUAGACAGACUUGCUACAAAGGAGCCACACUAUGUCAGGUGUAUUAAGCCGAAUGAGAUCAAGUCUCCGAGUAAAUUUGAUGACACUAGAUGUCGCCACCAGGUCAUGUAUCUUGGUCUUCUAGAAAAUGUUCGUGUUCGCAGAGCAGGCUUUGCAUUCAGGUCACAUUACGAGAGAUUUUUGACAAGGUACAAAAUGAUCACUAAAGAGACAUGGCCAGUGUAUCAUGGCAGCCAUUAUGACGGGACCGAAGUGAUUAUCAGAAAUAUGGGUUUUGCAGGCGAUGUGAAGUAUGGGAAGUCAAAAAUCUUCAUACGGUCGCCACAAACAUUGUUUGCAUUGGAGGAGGAAAGAGACAAAUACAUUCCACACAUUGUGCUCUUCUUACAGAAGAUGUGGCGAGGUGGUAAUGCACGAAGGAAAGCAAAGAAGAUGCGUGCAAUUUAUUACAUUAUGUCACGAUUUCGUCGCUACAAACUGCGAAGAUAUAUCUCUCAGAUCAUUGACCUCUUCAAAAAUGUGAGGAAAAUGAGAGAUUAUGGCAAGAGUCUUAGAUGGCCAGAACCUCCGAAAGUGCUCACAGAAUGGGUAGCUGAAUUGAAAAAGUCCCAUAACAGGUGGCGAGCUAACAUGAUAUUGAGAAACAUUCCAAGAGAACGGUGGCCAGAGCUGCAGCUUAAAUGUCAAGCACAUGAUGCCCUCCAAGGGCAGAGGGCUGAAUGGGGCAUGAGACGUAAAUGGGAGGGAAAUUAUCUUGCCAUGACUAAAGACAAUCCUUCAACUGUUGACUUUGUAUCCAAGAUGACGGCAUUGAAGGCACAUGAUGGAUUCUCCAGGGUCCUAUUCUCUUCUUACUGUAAAAAGGUAAAUAAGCACAAUCAAUGUGCCGACAGAGCUGUUGUCCUUACAGACAAAGGAAUCUAUAAACUUGACCCCAAGAAGAAAUAUAAGCCAAUGAGAGCUAUUAUACCAUUUGAGGAGGUUUCUGGAAUAAUCAUUAGUCCAGACACUGACCAGUUGGUUGUAUUUCAACUGACCGAUGGGAAUGAUCUUGUUACAUGUUUACAUACAACAAGUAGAGAAGAGAGAGUUGGGGAGGUCGUUGGAAUAUUAGCAAAACAUUGCCAAAGGAUUCGCAAACCCUUAAAGGUCACAGUCAGCAAACAGCCAAAGUGUAGCCUAGGCAACAAGUCUCGUCAACUGGCAAUCAAGGCUACAGCAGCUAAUGGGGGACCGGUAUUUAAGAAAGAUGGCCAGACACUGGCACUACUGUGGCCAACAGCAUAGGCCUGUUUAUAUGUACCAUAUUUAACAAUAUUUUUAUUGCUGGGAAACAAAUGGCUGGUUCCAAGAUUUGUAAUUUUUUUCCUCUACCAACAGAGUUACUUGAUAUUAAUUACUCAAGCUGAAUGCAGAAGAAAGUUAUUAGGAAUAUGAAAACAUUCAUUGUGCUUUUUGUAAAAGAAAAUAUCUUUAUUUGGAUUACUUAUCUAGGAUUUUUUGCAAUUAUCGUGUUGAUGGUAUUUUUGUUAUGGAUUUAAAUCUACCUUUGAAAUCUUUAUGUAAAUUUAUCAAAUAUUGCGAGUUAAAUAUUAUAAGUGCUAUAAGGGUAUGGAGCUUUAGCUAAUGAAUUAUCUUUAUAGAAUUUAUAGAGUAUGUUUUUUUCAUAAUGGUUAAAAAGCAUUGUUACAUGAAAUUUGCCUGUUAUCUAACACACAUGAAUAUUAUACAUAAAACAGAAUGAAGAGUUCCUUAAAAUAUUAAGACGCUGUUUAAUGUUGGGUUUUAACCAUUUAACGAAAAUAUUGUGCAUGGGCCUUACCUUGAAAGGGAAGUAAUACAGGUAUUUUGAAUUUUUUUAUUUUUUCUUCAAAAUUCAAACAUUAAUUUUGUAAACUACAGGCAGCAAAUAUAUAGCUUUAUAAACUUUAAACAUUCAAUUGUCAGAGACUGCAAUUUGAGGUCUCCAAAUGUGUCUUUUUUUGCUGAUUUUGAUUAAUAUACAUUGUAACUAUCAUUAUAGUGUGAAACGUCGCCUAAGUGCUGUAAUGUGUGAACUCUUAUUAAAUUAUAUAAGAAGUUAGCCCAGUAGUGCACUUAUGUGACAAAAACAAAAACUCUGAGUAAAUUAAAUACUUUAAAUCUUUCUCGAUCAUGAAAUAAGAUUUUAUAAUGUGUUAAUUUUUUUUUUUAAAAAUUGAAUAAAUCAUCACCUGCUGUUUAAAUAAAUAGGGAGGGGGAUAUUGAAACAGUUAACAGAGGUUGUUCAUCAGUGUAGAUCCAUUCAUAUCUUAAAAUCUAUAUAUGAGCCUGUGGGUUUUCAUAGGUGCACAUUUUGUGAUGUGAAUUCUGAAUCUUCUUGCACAUACUAAAAUUAAUGUGUCCUUUACUUGAUUAGAUAACAUUAAAUUUAAACUUCAAUUCAAAUAUAAACUUUAUUUUAAUGUCAUAUUUCUUUUCACAGUUAGUAACAGUUUGUAAAGCAUUAAAUAUUGGUUCAAAUUAAAUAAGGAUUUUGCAUAUGUACGUAGUGCAUGAUUCUUAAUGGUUCAAAUACUGUGAUAUCACCUAUAUUUGAUAACGAUGGUUUAAAGUUAGUAAAUUACGAUAAUUAAUUUAUUUGACCUAGUACGUAUUGCUGUAGGGGAAUUAGACAUGUGAUACGUUAUUAAAUAUAGACUGUUGAGUAUUGUAAAGUGACGUAGCUAUGUAAAAUCUUGUCAAUACUUGAUGACCUGUUCAAAUUUUUUCAAAUUUAAUGAUUACAUGAUAUUUGAUUUAAGGAUUUUUACCUUUAUAAAAGUUCAUCUAAGUUCAUUUUUUGAUGGUGAUAGAUUUGUACUGUCAAAUACCCAAAUAGAUCUGAAAUGACCUCCCAUGCAUAAUCUUUGUUUUAUGUAAAUAUGCCUGAAUGUACUUUAAUUCAGGUUAUUUUUAUCUUUUCUGUUCUGGAGAAAAAUAUAUGCUUUUAUUGCCAUAGUUAGACAUUGGGGCAUUAUUGUGUAAGCAAUAAUAGAACUUUGGUUAUUAAUAGAAUUCAAUUGUUUAUUAAUAGAAUUCAAUUGUUUUUAACCUAUCAAAAUACUGAACUCAUUCUUGAUAAAAAACUUGAUCUACGGUCAUUCGCACUGUACCUCUGCUCUGGCAUGUAAAGAAGUAAUAUCAGUUCCUUGCUAAAGUGGCGGCAACUGGUACUGGUUAAAUGCUUGACAACCUGCCCAAUGCUGAACAAUGCUGUGGCUGAACUUCUGCUAUGGAAAAUUUAGUGGUUAACUGCCUUGACCUGGAGGGUAAACUACAAAAACCACCACUAUUUCAGCUUACAUGUUUGAUAGGGAACCAAGUAAUUACAUGUAUGCAGUAAAGCAUUAUGCUAUUUUAUUAAAAAAAAAUUUGUUUGAGAACUGAAACAUUAUUAUAUGAAAAUACUUGUUUAUGCAAUGUUUAUACUGAUGCAUAUAAUGGUGCAACUUUCUAGCUAGCUCUUGUAAAUAGUUAAAUUAGUAACCUCUAAAAUAACCCUUACCCCACUAAAUGUCUUAAAUGGACUUGUCCAUCAUUCAAUCUUGGCAAAACCAUUCCUCAUUUUUAGGGAAAUUUUCAAAAUUUGUGCCGACUGAGUAGCAAACAGUGCAGGCUUGACUUGGUCAGUACUGGUCACAUGGUUUCAGGUUAGAAUCUGUCACCUAACAGGUUUUGGGUUUAUACAUUUUGUUAGCAUUGAACAAAAAUCUAUAAAAUAGGCUAACAACCUAUUUAAUGUUUCUUUAUGGGCUGUCAGUUUCAAUUGAUUUAUGGAGAUUUUUCAGCGGAAAAGUGUGAAACAUUGACACAUAAUUUAAACUUAGCUCGGGGAAUUAAAUCAAUAAAAAAGAGAGAGAAAAAAAAUCAUGUUACAGUAAAUCUUUUCUACCUCUAAAAUCUCCCCAAUUCUUAUUUAUUGGUCAAUAUUCUGUGUGACAUCACUGUACACGUUUACAUAUUUUUGUAAAUAUUUUUUUCUUUUUUAGUGGGUGCUUUGUAGUUUGUACUUUACUUCAUAUCAGCCCUUUUGCCUUUAAUGAAUAUGUCCGUAAUAUACUUUGUAUUGGUGAUUGAUAAACGAGGAUUUUUAUACAUAUCCAGCAUGCUUUAUUUUUUUCUGUUACCGGACAUGCCUUACGUUAAAACAUUUCCAUACACUGACUGCUUUUAUAAUAUGUUUAUCAUAUACACUGUAUUGUUAAAAUAUUGUAAUAUGGACAUAAUGUUUGAUAUAUUGUUUAUAUAUUGUUUUGGACAUUUAAGUGCUUUACAUUUACAAAGUUAUUAUCAUCAUUGUUCAUUAAUGCUUGAUUCACCAAAUAUUUAUGUAAAAUCAGAAAUCUUUGCAAGGUAUUAAAUUUUACUAAUUUUCCGAAUUAUGAUGUUUGCAAAAAUAUAAUUAAGUUUGUUGUGUAUCAUAUAAAUUUAACAAUAAUGAAAGAAGAAGUUUAUGAAUAUUUUUAAUUUCAAAAUCAUGAAUACACAAAAUUUUAGACCUUGCAAAAAUGGCUGACUUUACAGUAGACAAACAAUGCAGCUAGAUUAUUUUAGAUUUCACUUACUGUACAUUUUUCUAUGCGUGUUUCAUUCAUAUAGGAUAGUUGUGUAGAAUAAUGAAGUGUUCAUUUUGAAGAAUUAUAUCAUCUUUAGAUUGUAGUUAAAUAAUUGACUGUUAUAAGUACAUUUUAUACCACUGAUAUAUAAUAUAAAAAAAAAACUGAUAUAUGAUAUAUGAGACUAUUGGUGCAUAAGGUGGCAGGUUUAAAAUUUUAUUAUGCUUCAAGCUUUCAGUAGUUUUUUGUCACUUAAACAUAUUUUUGUGCCCCCACGUUAGUGGCGGGCAUUUAGAUUUACCCUUGUCCGUCCGUCCGUCCGUCUGUCCGUCCGCACUCACAGGAGAGUAAUUAUGUGGCUAGAGGGACAAUAGGUUCUCUUUGAUGUCAUUCAUUCCGUAAUGCUUAUAUGUGGCUAUUUUCUUUUGCGUUGCUAAAAAGAACAAUAGAGAGAACAAUAGAGUAGCCACAUAAUUACUGUCCUGUGAGAACGUCCGUCCUUCCGUCCGUCCUUCCGUCCGUCCUUCCGUCCGUCCGUCCGUUCACUUUUGUGUCGCACGUAACUGAAAAAGUAUUUGACCUAGAGUCAUGAAACUUUACAGGAAUGUUGAUCAGCAUGUGUAGUUGUGCACCUGGGUAUUUUCGUCUGGAUAUUUUUAGUAUUUUUUAAGAGUUAUUGCCCUUGACUUAGUAAAAUUUUGCAAUUUUCAACUUGUGUCGCAUGUAACUCAAAAAGUAUUUGACCUAGAGUCAUGAAACUUUACAGGAAUGUUGAUCAGCAUGUGUAGUUGUGCACCUUGGUAUUUUCGUCUGGAUAUUUUUAGUAUUUUCAGAGUUAAUGCCCUUGACUUUUUGCAAUUUUCAACUUGUGUCGCAUGUAACUCAAAAAGUAUUUGACCUAGAGUCAUGAAACUUUACAGGAAUGUUGAUCAGCAUGUGUAGUUGUGCACCUGGGUAUUUUUGUCUGGAUAUUUUUAGUAUUUUCAGAGUUAUUGCCCUUGACUUAGUAAAAUUUUGCAAUUUUCAACUUGUGUCGCACGCAACUAAAAAAGUAUUUGACCUAGAGUCAUGAAACUUAAAAGGAAUGUUGAUCAGCAUGUGUAGUUGUGCACCUGGGUAUUUUCGUGUGGAUAUUUUUAGUAUUUUUGGAGUUAUUGCCCUUGACUUAGUAAAAUUUUGCAAUUUUCAACAUGUGUCGCACGUAACUCAAAAAGUAUUUGACCUAGAGUCAUGUAACUUUACAGGAAUAUUGAUCAGCAUGUGCAGUUGUGCACCAGGUAUUUUCUUCGUGAUUUAUUUAGUAUUUUUAGAGUUAUUGCCCUUCACUUAGAAAUUUUUUGCAAUUUUCAACUUGUGUCGCAAGUUACUCAAAAAAGGAUUUUACAUAGUCAUUAAACCUUAUGGGCAGCUUGCUCAGCAUAUUUAGAUUUGCACCUUGGGUUUCGCUUGUGGAUUUAUCCAGUAUUUGUAGAGUUAUUUCCCUUGACUUAGUAAAAAGAUUGACAGAACAGUGGCGCGGUGGGGGCACCCGUGUCCUAUGGACACAUUUCUAGUUUCUUCUAUCAUUGUGAUUAAUUGUUGUAAUGAAAUUUUGAUAAAAAAAUGACUAAAAGACAUGACAUAUAACAAAGAUAUCUCAAAUGACAAAAGAUAUCACAAAUAACUUUAGAUAUCACAAAUACAAAGAUAACAUACAUGACAAAAUAUAUCAUAAAUUACUUAAGAUGUCACAAAUGAUUAAAGAUAUCACAAAUGACUAGAGAUAUCACACAUGACUAAAAUAUAUAAUAAAAAACACAUGACUAAGGAUAUCACAAAUGACUAAAGAUAUCACAAAUGACUAAAGGUAUCACAAAUGACUAGAGAUAUCACACAUGACUAAAGAUAUCACAUAUGACUCAAGAUAUCACAAAACACAUGACUAAAGAUAGCACAAAACACAUGACUAAAGAUAGCACAAAUGACUAAAGGUAUCACAAAUGACUUCAGAUAUCACUAAUGAUUUAGAUAUCUGUGAAAAAUUUUCAUUUUCUUGAACUUUUUACUUCGUAUGCACAUAGUUUUCAUGAAUGGUAGCAAACAAAAAGAUAUUGCUCACAUGGUGAUAGAAUAGAAUUAGAGUAUGCAUUCCAUUAGAUUUCAUACAAAACUAUAGAUUAAUGUAAGCAGAUAAAAUUUGCUAGCAUGACAAUCAUUUUUAAUGGAUUUCUUUUAAGUAAGUAUUCAUAAAUUUUUAGGACAGUAGUUUACAAGUUUACACAACUGUGUACGAAACUGGUAUAGUAACAUAGGAAACUGGUAAAUAAGUAAACAUUAAUAGGAAACUGGUAUACACAUUUACAUUGAUUUGUUGGAAACUGGUUUACAAGUUUAUAUUGAUUUGUAGGAUACUGGUUUACAAGUUUACAUUGAUUUGUAGGAAUCUGUUAUACAAAGUUACAUUGAUUUGUAGGAACUGGUUUACAAAUUUACAUUGAUUUGUAGGAAACUGGUUUACAAGUUUAAAUUGAUUUGUAGGAAACUGGUUUACAAGUUUACAUUAAUUUGUAGGAAAUUGGUUUUUAAUUUACAUUGAUUUGUAAGAAACUGGUUUACAAGUUUACACUUAUGUGUAGAAAACUUGUUUACAAGUUUAAAUUGAUUUGUAGGAUUAUAAUAUACAAGUCACAGUUUUUUUUACUCCAAAGAAUUUUAACUUUAGCACACUUGAGCGAUUUUCUGUUUGCAGUGUUUAAGUAAUUCAUUAUUGUUCACAAUUUUCUAUCAACAACACCUUGUAAACAACAGGGUAGUUUUUGACCAAACUUCACAGGAAUGAUAUAUUUGAAAGUAAUCUAUUUAUAACUAUAUAUAAAGAUGUUGCUGUCAUUUUAAAGCUGGUGGUGUAGGGUAUAUGACGACUGGAUUGGACGACAUUGUAAAGGACCAUUAAUAUUUCCAAUCCCCUUUUCUGACUUCUAUAGCUGACACUUAAACAGAAACCAACUACUGUCAAAGACAUCGAUUUGGGAAUUUGGAUGGUAUUAAGCCAUAGUUGUAGAAUUAAACUAAAUAGCAGCUCUGACCAAAGUAUGCUGUUGAAAAGCUAUCUAUAUAGCAUUUAAUGAUGGUUUUAAUUGAAGCUUUUUUCCCAGUGUUCAGGCAAUUUAGCAAGUCACAAUUUUCCAGGCUAGCAAACUUUGGCAACCAUUGACGUCUUUGUUGUUUGGUUGAAGUGAUUUUUAGUGAUAUAUUACUAUAUUCUGAUAACUAUAUUAAGUUUUAUUUUUACAUAUAUACAGUGUAUUUGCCUUGUUUAUGUAAAGAAUUUAUGAACACAUAUACAUGUACUUAAUUGUAAAAUAAAAGUGAUACUGCAAA